CUUUGCUUCAACCUCGGACCAAAGAUUCUCAAUGGGAUUAAGGUUUGCUCCUGUGGACCGAGGCACCAUCAUGUUGGAAUAUCCCAUUAUUGUUGAGAAAUUGGUCCUGAAGCUUAGGGAUAGCGUAACGAAUAAGUGUCCUAUGAUAGGAUGCACUUGUGAUGCUGCCGUGGAGACAGAUAAAAGAGCCAAGACCCUACCAAGAAAAAUAUCUCUACAUCAUAAUCCCUUUAGACUUGAUUGCUGGAACAAGGCAAUCGUCAUUAAAUUCUUCACCUGGCCUCCUUCAUACGUGCUGAUAUGA